AUGCCCGUUUUCUUUGAUGUUUGGGAGAAUAUGUACGGAAUUCAAUCGUUCGGCGUCGUUCUCUCGAUUCUCGUUCGGGUUUCUGAUUUCAUGAUUGUGCUCAACUCGGCGACCAACUCAUUGGCCUAUUUUGGACGAAAGCGAUGGUUGGAGAGACGUUUAAGAUUACAUAUGAUGAAGAAAGAGGAGAAACGAGCCCGGCAACUGAGCGUCAGUGGCGCCGAGAGAAACGACUCGAGAAGACAGUCUUCAUCUCAAGUGGCUCCCCGUUUGACCGUCUCGUGUACGCCAUCCGUUUGCCCACCAGGGAUGGCUCGCGGGAAAACGACUCAAUCGUGUCGAAGCGAAGACUUUUCAGAUAGUGAGGUGACCGGCGAGAAGAUGAAAUUCAUCAAGUACCCGCUGCGGCUAUCGAAGAAAGAGGACAGCAAAUGCUCGAACACAUCGGUGAGCAGCAUUCCGACAAGUCCACUAGUGAAAGAGGUGAUGAAUGGUUCGCAUCCAGUCAUCACUCAAACCUACUCCAAUUCCCUUAAUGGUUGUCAUUCGCCCAAUCAAUCUCGAAAGACCACCGAUGGCAGACCAUUAUCGGCCCUUUCCGGUACAAGUAACCCAAGUUCCACGAGUCGUCAUUCUCCAAAUCCUUGU